AUGGCGGCGCUUCUUGUAACAGCCGUAUUCGCACCAUUCGGCGCACAGUCGAGAAUCGUCUCCAGCGGACUGCUCGGGAAUCGCACUCCAAACCGACCAGCUCAAGGCAGCAGCACGGUCAGUAGUAGUAGCCUAUCCGACCUGAGAUCCGCGCUACAAGAGCAAGUCGUUUCCCUUGAAGGAGCGCUAACGCAAUCACUCAGCAAACUGGCGACCGCAUUGAACGACAACGCAUCCGCGGCCACAUCGGCGCUUCAAGCGCAGAUUUCAGCCCUCCAGAGCAGCAUCGCCACUCUAAACGCAGGCAUUGCUAGCCUCGACCUUGUCAUAUACGCUAGAAUCACGCGACCCGGCGUUGCUGCCCAGGCGAUCCCUGUCGCACUCCAGUCGCGCAUCUCGUCGCUAAGAGGCAGCAUCCCCGCUAUAAACAAACGCGCUACCUCCCUCGUCACGGACCUGGCGAGCAUCCUCCCCAACCUCCGCGCAUUGCUGAGUCAGCGAGUCGCGGCGCUCACUCAGAAGGUGGGUGCACUGAAUCUGGACGUGUCGGCGCUCGCUGCGCAGGUGCACGCGCUGAUCGCCCCGCUGUGUGACGCCCUUGGCGUGGCGGACCUCGUGGCUCUGCUGCCGCAACAGCCAGGUCAUUCUUGCAAACAAGAAACCCCGCAGAUGGCAGGCAUGCUGCGUGGCGUGCUGACCCCGUGCAAGGGCCUUCUCCAGGCGGGAGCAGCUCACAUCCAAAUCACCAAAAUGGGCUCGUCGUACGCGGUGGCGUACCAGCUGGUGGCGACGGGCAUGACAGCGGCACCGCAGGGGCAGGCCAUCUACCGCGGCAGCAGCACGUGCAGCGAGGUAGCCCCACCCGUGGCGCUGCAGCUGCCCGGCACGUGGGAGCUGCUCACCUCCAUGACGUGGUCGCUGGCCAAUGUGCUCACUGUUGCGCCGGGGGGCUUGGCAGAUGUGCUCAGUGCCAUCCAGGCUGGCGCGAGUGGGGAGCUCUACCUUGGGUUUCAGGGCAGCAGCAGCAACUUGGCGGGAAAGCUGGUUGGUACCAGGUUUUGA